AUGUCCGAGAUCGGUAUCUUCCCGUCUGACGACGAAUCCCUCAUUGCCCAGGAUCCUUCGCCGCAUCACACCGAUGCAAGGAGCACAUGUGCCCAACCACAGGACACCUGUGUUCCACCACAGGACACCGCAACCGAGCCUCCAGUACCAUCGCGCGGUCGUCGGCCCAGCCGCGCCGCUUCUCGUACCCCAAGACGCCGUGGCUUGCCAUCACCUCCACCUUCGAGACAUCCACCAUCAUCUUCAGCUUCAUCCUACACUUCAGCACACCCCACAAUCCCUGCAAUAGAAAAGUGGACAGUGUUGGGAUUGAGACAAGCUCUAAUAAGCGCCGAUGUCCACUUUUCCAGAAGGAUGAACAAAGCAGAGCUGUAUAACCUGUACGUUUCUCUUCAGUCGGCAUUCCCAUCUCCAAAAUCCACUCCACUUUCCAAAACGGCUAACAAGCCGAAUAAAAAUAGCAGGGGCCCGAACCAACGAUCUCAAAAAACACCAUCUCCUACCCUCGCGAGAAAGGGCCUCCAAGUUUCAGGACGCGGCAGCCGGCCCUCUGCAAGCCUGGGCCGUGCCCCGGAUUCCACUGCUGUCAGUCCACACUCUCAUCUUCGCUCCGCAGAGCUACAGACAGCAGCGCCUCACGUAACAAUACCAGCCUCCAUAGACACAAACCACCCUGGUAAUGUGAGUAUGCCUCCGCCAGCAGCACAGGCGCAACCUCAGCCUUUUCCAAUCUCUUUUUUCAACCCUAUCCCGUGUCAGUGGCCUGCAGCCCCACCAUCGGUUUCUAGCGCGAGGCUGCCUCCGCUAGCAGUGCAGGCCCAGACGCCCUAUAUUCCUCCCCAGUUUCCUUCAUUUUCCACUCUCCUCGCUCCAGGGGCCGACCCUAGCGCGAGGUUGCCUCCGCAAGCGGCCUCGGCCCCGGCUUGUCUUCCUUCUAACACUUUCUCCCAUGCUCGAUCUCCUUUCACACUGUUUUCAGCAACGGCGAUGCCCAUUCCACCAAACACUACAGCAUUGGAACCACCCCCCGUUGCCAGUAACAUCAGAGCACAGAUCCUCACAGUUUGCUUUCCAGAAAUUCAGAUUGCUGGCACCAGAGGCGGACCCAUUUCCAACCCCAGUACCUCACUAUUCAGAACUGAUGUUCCCAUAAACCACCCAUUGAAACCCCUGCUGGACGCCUCUCUUAAUUCCAUUAUCCAAGCCGUUUCCCCCAGAACCCUCCAAUCCUACCUAACCGCUUGGAAAUGUUUUAAGUCUUUCCACUCCACAUACAGCCUGCCAUUUCCUGAUUUUUCACUGCUCAACAUCACUUCAUUCAUAUCCUAUCUCAACAGUAUUAAGAACCUCCAAGCCAGCUCCAUCAAGGGUUAUCUAAGCGGAAUUCAGUUUUUUCACAAACUCAUUUUUGGUUCACCCUCAUCAGAAAUAGCCAAUUCACAGACAUCUAUGUUGAUUAAAGGCAUCCAAAAAACCCAACCCACCUGCCCAGACGCCAGACAACCAAUAACACUAGACAUACUCACCAGAUGUAUCACCAUUCUCCGCCGAGGCUACCACUCUAUCAAUACUGCCCACACACUGGAUGCAAUGUUCAUAUUGGCUUUCUUCGGGUUUCUCAGAUGCUCAGAGCUCACUAUCACAUCCAACUUUAAUCCAAAGGUCCACCCGACAAUUUCAGAUUUAUCAGUGCUAGAUGAUGACACCAUCUCUUAUUUCAUCAAACAAAGCAAGACAGAUCAAACAAGGAAAGGCCAUUUCAUCUACAUUUUCAACCUCUCAUCACCAAUCCAGCCAUACCAAUCCCUUUUAGCUUACCUCCAUUUCAGGAGCUCGCAGGCCAAAUUCCCAUCUGACCCACUCUUCACAGAUGACUCCAACCACCCCAUCACACGUUUCUGGUUCCAGAAACACCUCAAGGCCGUAUUGAUUCAAUCUGGCAUCCCAGCAGCCAACUAUUCUAGCCAUUCAUUUCGCAUAGGUGCAGCAACUACAGCUGCUCAGAAAGGCCUUUCCCAACACCAGAUUCAAGCACUAGGUCGCUGGUCGUCAGAAGCCUACAAGAGCUAUAUCCGUUCCAAUCGUUUCCACAUCAAAGAAGCUCAACAAACCCUCAUCAGCUAAAGCCCAAACCUACUGGCUCACCGCAUCCUCUCCAAUUAACAUCACCAGUCCACUAAACAAUGGAAGCAAUUUUACCUCCUCUGCGCAUCAGCAUCUACCCAGUAGCAGCAUCUACCCAGUAGCCCACCUCAUUCUUUCACCGCAGCAGUGCACUGACCUCCUCUGUUCCCACAGGAGGUCAGUUCUCUGUCCAAACUCACCCUAAGGACAGUUGAAAGCAAGUCGAAAAGCAAGUUUGCUCAACUGCCGCAGCAGUGUAAUCUACUCUGCUCGCAGGAGCUCGGCUCACCGUCCUACUUGCUCAUUGGAUAGUUGAAAGCAAGUUGAAAGUCUGGUCCACUGUCGCAGCGGCCAUCUACUCCACUCUGCAGGAGUUCCUUUUAUCAGUUCAAACCUGCUCCAGUGCCGCAGCAGUGUCAUC